AUGCUCAGGUUCUUAGAUAAAAAAACACUUGUAAAAAGAAGCAAAUUCAAAUCAGUUGUAAAGAACUUACCCAAAAUAGCAGCAGAAUCAGCACUAUUAAGACAACUGAAAAAUAUAAAGGCAAAGGCAGUGUAUAUCUCGACAAAUAGUAAUAGAAACCAAAAAGGCACUGCUUUAGUGUACUUUGCUUCAAAAGAAGAUCAAUUAAAAUCAAUGGAACAAACAGUUUAUUAUUUUAAUACAAAACUAGAAUGGGCAGACUUGGUUAAUGAGGAAAUCAAGAAAUCAUACCAACAACCUAGAGAAAAGAGCAGUAUCUUAAAGUCUCGUAACGCUAGCAUUAGCUAUCUAAUAGAUAAAGAAAAUAUAACCCCAAAAAAGAUGACUACAGACUCAUUAAAGAAAAAAGAG